UGUACUAGAAACACUGAGAAACAAGAAACUGUUUGUUUUAAAUUCAUGUUAAUCCCUCUUUUGCACCUCGUCCAAUGAGGGACCAGUCAGAAUAUCAAAACAUUAAUUCCUAUUGAACCAUCUAACAAUAAUACUCUUGAUCUCCGACAAGACCUGAUUACUAUACCGUGUAAACGUGCAUAAAUUAGAUCCCCGGUCCCAAACUAAGUUAACUUUACGAUGUAUAUAUAUACAACGGCUUUAGAAAUAUAAACUAAUUAUUCGCAGUUUCGAGAGGUUCGAUUUGAUUCUUUGAAAGGUCCCAAGCAUUAACCAAACAUCCUUGUUCACCAUGUUUUAUACUAACACCGUGUUAGACAAACAUAGUUUCAGCCUCACCGAAUACUUAAAUCGCUAACUUUUUUAUACUGGUAAUUGAGGAAACACAUCAGUAAUGGCGUCCAUGGAUAUCAAUUCCACAUGGCAAAGCAACGAAAAGCCUACAAAAUCAGUUAAACUUUGCACUUUCUGUAAUAACUCGACUAAUGGUUUCGAUAAAUGGCUACAUCUCGCAGAGCAGGACAAGGGUCCCUUCUUUCCAAUUCUUGCUGACAUUCGUGGAGAAGACACUGUUUUUGAUAAUAUGGGAAGAGCGCUCGUUUGUGUCGCCUGUUUCCAUCAUCUUCUCCGGCAAUGGAGUAGUUACGAACGACGAUGUAUUCCAUUAAAAAAGCGACAGUAUAAUCUCGUUGCAGAGGAGAAGUUAUCGAAUUUCCAAGUCAAGCGGGAAGAGGAGAUACGUAAAGAGGGCGAAUUCAAGCUCAAAGAAAUCAAACUACGCGAACAGAAAAUAAAAAGAGAAGCACAGGAGAGACUUGAACAUUUUAGGCAAAAAGAACAAAGUAUCAGAAAAGAGGCUGGGAGACGCCUCUUGGAAGAAGAAGAAGAACUCGAAGCAAUCAAAAGAGAAGCGGAAAGACAACUGAAAGAGGAGCAAGCCCACGAGGAAGAACUUAAACGGUUGCUUGAGGAAGAAAUUCAAUUGGAAAGGCAAAAGGGGAAUUACAUUAGGAAGGAAGCAGAGCGUUUACUACGCGAGGAAAAGUUACUUAAAUCGACUAAGCCACCUGCAAACGUUAGGACAGAAGUACUCAUUCACUCACCGCAAGGCAGAGCUUUUGAUCAGAUAGAUUUCGAUCAUUACUCGGAUGAGAACAUAGCCAAAGAUACCGACUACGACAACACAGACGGCAUAAUGGAACCAAGAAAAUCGAGAACCAUGGAGUAUGACCCCGUAACAGGAUGUUACGUAAGGAAAGUUCCUUUAGAUUUCAGCGAUAAAAGGGUAGAAGACAUAGUAAAAGAGGAGAUGAUAAAGUCUGAGAGGAAACCAAAGCCACGAUCGAGAGACCAAUCUUGGAAGAAACCCGAGGAAAAGGAAAGUGGUUCAACGCCAGAUACGGCACUUGUUGACCUGUCGUUACGAUCAAGUGAUGGAGAUAACUCUCUUCCGCAUUAUGUAUCAGGAGAAGGAAUCGAAACGGAGUAUAAAUUCACUGUGAAGGAAGAGAUCAAGACCGAGUCGAAGCCUUCAGGAGUUGACAAGAAUGGUGAAUUUGCCGACGAAGAUAUCAAAAAGGCAGGACAAGAGAUGAAAGCAAAAUUCGAGGAUGACAGAAUGAAGUUUGAACGGGAUUCUAGUGAUUUUGUCAUGAGUGAAACCACAAAGAGGUCUUUCGAAAGACGUCGUCGCAGCGAUGAAGACCCUGACACCAAAAAGGCAAAAGAUGAAACAAAACAAAGAAGAGUAUCCCUGGACAGGAGACUAAAAGACAUGGAGGAGCGUAGAGCUAGGUUGUUCAAGGAUUCUCCUGAAGAUAAGGUAGACAGCGGUGAAGUCAAAAUCACUAGAACCGUGACUACUGAAACGUCUUACAGCGCUCCAGCAUCAUCAGAGGAUUCGAUGCUUAGUGAACGAAUGCAAGACACACACAGAAGACAUAGGAAUCGUGAAGAACGAAUCAGACGCCGGAAAAAUGCUGAAGAAUUGAUCUCCAAGAAAACGUCCGAAAGUGAGGAUAAACCGAUAAAAAGCACGGGUGUUAAGCUUGAGUUGCGUGGCUCAGCUUUGAAGAAAAGGGAAGAUACAAGUUCGAAGAAUGACUCUGAACCAAAUGCGUUCUCAGGUUCGAAUUACAGCUAUCUCCAUGAAGAUGAUACCAGCGACAUCUCAUUUACCGUGAAAAAGCCAGCUGAAACCAAAAAAGACGAUGACGACAUCGGCAAGUUCGACAAAAAGGAGUCAACUUUUGAUUGGAAAGAGAGCGAGCAGAAAUUUAGUCUAAGAACCAAUGAAACAAAGACGACCUCGGUAUCUUUAAUGGAUGAACCAAUAAUGUGGUCUCAGCCUGGGCGUGGUACUGAUGACGACAUAUCAUUUUCAGUCAAAGAACCAAGCAAAAAACCAGACGGCGACAAGGUCGAAGAAGAAAGAGGAGAAAGUAGGAGAAGCUUAAUAAAAGAAACGGAAGUUAAAGUAGUAGAGUCCAAACCGGUUCAGAGCCUUUUUUCCAGUGAUUUUGGUCAAGAGGAAUCACAAGACAUUGUCUUCUCCGUAAAAGAAACAUCCACUUCCACUAAAAGUACUACUGAAGACGAUUCAUCCAAGUCCAAACCUAAAGAGCUGACUCUAGAAAGAGGAACAUUCGAUGAAAAGUAUUCCGUUACAUCUACUACCAACUCGGAUCUUUUGCGCUGGGAAAUGGAUAAUGUUGACUCAGGGAAGUCAUCGGAGCCAGAGCCUUUUGAUAACAUGGACGGUUACAGAGAUUCCCUAAGACGUACCAACGCUCUUGGACGCGUAGGAUCUUUCAAAAAAGGAAGAGAAGAGUUGCCUCCAGCCAUCUUCCACGACAUCGAGUCUGAUGCACCUGCAGCGUCAUUGGUAGACAUUCGCACGGAAAGUCCUUCUUUGCCAGCACCCGUAUCAAAAGAUAACACAAUGGAGGCGGGUCAGGCACCCAACUUACUGUCUAAACUUCAAGACGAAGAUCAUAGCGAAGAACGUCGUAGAAGGAGACAAGAAAUCGAAGAAAAGAAACGAAGAAUUGCCGAAAGCCAAAAGAAAGCAAACGUUCAACUUCGGAGAGACGUAUCAGGAUCUGAGAAGACAAAAGAUGGUGCUCCUGAUACCGGUUCGAAUGACAACAUUGAAGAUCUGAGUGAAAAAAGACGUUCUCUUCUGAUGAUGUGGGAGUCGUAUGCCGAAGGAGAGGGCCCUGGGCCCGAAAACAUUAAAUCGCAGGAAGAAGGGAAAAGUCAGUUUGGAUAUGACGUCAUGAUGAUGGAAGCUGCUCAAGAUGAUCCUAACGCCGUAUUAGUAGACUACCGAACUAUGGAUGUUGAUGAUGAGAAAGAGGAAACCAGAGCACCAAUGAUUGAUAUCGACGAGUACCACAAACUUAACGAUGAUGAACUCAAAUGGGAGCGUGCAGGCCAGUUCCAGCCUGGUAAACUCAAAACGAAGUUCCAUGAAGUGGGCAAGGAUGACUCAUCUUCUGAGCCGAAGAGUACAUGGCGUGGAAUGAAUAAUAAUGAUAUAUCUGGUGUAUCCACAAAAGUUACCCGCGAAGAACAGCGUUUCAGCUACAAAACACCAGUCGAAGAAGAUCAAAGUUAUGCCGACAAGACAAAUGAGGUAGAGAGUGCUCCUAAGCAACUGUGGGAUAAAUCGCAAGGUCAAUCCACUUUUAAGAGUGAUGAUGAAGACGAAGAAGGCACUUCAAGGCAGCCUCACGUUGAUAUGGAUGAGGUGUAUCAUAUGACGGAAGAAGAAGCGCGCUGGGAAAAAGUCGGCCGUUUCCAGCCUGGAAAAAUCAACACCUCAAUUUUCGAGUCUCGAAAGAAAGCUGAUAAAAAUGGAGAUGAAUCGUCCAAAAUUCAAAAACGCGAGAAAAGCCGCUAUGAACAGAUCAAGAAAAUCCAGAGAACCGAUUCCAAAAAAGAACUACUUGUGCCCAAGAAAGUUUCAUUGAAAUCUGAUAGAACCGAGGACGUUGAAGAAGAAGUAGAAGAGGAUGAAAAGCCCCAUGUCGGCAAGAUUGCCACGCCCUCAUUCCAUGCAUCUGAAGAAGACCGCGAACGACAAGAACGAGAAGCAAGAAAUCGCCGUGAGAUGGAAGAAAUCCAAAGAGAAAGGGAAGAGGAAAGACGAAGACAAGAAAGGGAGUAUCUGGAUUCAAAAACAACCAUCAAUGAAUUUGAAGAUGAUGAAUUUGAUACCAAAGUCAAAUCUAAGGAUGUCGGUAAAAUUGACAUAACCAAGUUCGGUGAUUUCCAGAAAAAGUCAGAACCCAUUCCAGACAAGAAGCCAGUAUCAAAACGAUCGACCAAACGAAUCGUUGAGACUCGCCGUGAAGACAAGGUCGAGUCGUUUGGAAGGACCAAUUUUUUUAGCACAGAAGACGAAGGUUACGACAUCCAGGUAAGAGAUAGUUCUGUAGGAAAGUUAAACAUGGACUCUAGUCCUUUCAUACAAAGUGAUACCUCAGUAAAAGAGACUAGUCCACCACGUAAAGUCCAAGAAAGGACUCUAUCUAAAAAGAAAGAAAUUGUCGUUCAGGAAAUUCCAUUGGAAAUGGCUGCCUCGCCGUCACAGAAAUCCGGCGAAGACGAGUUCGAUAACAUGACUCGCGCUCGAAGUGUUAAAAAGCUAGACGUGAGCCGAUUGCCAUUUUCUCAUAAUAACUAUGACAAAGCACAAAGCCAGGACAAUCGUCAAGUGAUUGAUAAUAAACCUCUUAAACACGAUAAAAAAGAUAAAUCCCAAGAUAAAACGCCUCUUGAGGAAGACAGGAAAAGAGAGCGCGAAAGGGAAAAGAGGGAAUGGGAAGAUCAACUAAAACGAGAGCGUGAUGAAAUUGAACAAAUUAAAAAAGCACACGAUAAAGCUUUCCAAGAUAACGUAAAGGGUGGUAAUGAAAUUGAUGAUACUAAUGAUUAUGAGACUGAAAAUAGGAACGUAAGAAAGCUGGACCUGAGUAUGUUCUCUAAGUUCCAACAGGGUGAUGCAGGUGGCAAGAAACCUGAACGAAAGACCAGCGAUAAAGCCAGUAAGAGAGACUACGGCCAACGAGAUGUAGUAGUAGUGUCACAGACGACGAGAGAAGUUGAAUCUGCCCCAGACUAUAGCUAUGAAGAAGAUGAAUAUGAAAUAAAGCGACGAAGUGUUGGGAAGCUGAAUAAAGACUGGUUGUCCCAGGCACAAGAACAGGAAGCAAGGGAAAUGGAACGUCGUCGCAAGGAAACCGAAAUGGAGCGAAUCCGAAAAGAGCAGUACGAAAUCGAGCUGUUGAAACUGGAAGAGAAUAAAAGACGCGAAACUAAAGGAGACGAAAUCUCCCGAGAUGAAAUACAAUUGUCUGAGAAACCACAAAGUGUUAAAAAGCUAGAUUCCACUUCUAUGACGCCAUUUCUCAAAGGCGGACGCCCAUCGCCAGAAGGCAGUGGGGUGCUUAGCAGGAAGAAGAGCAAGGACGAAGUUCGACAAGAACGCAAGCUUGCUCGCAAGGAAAGCCGUAGUAAGAUGGAAACACGCGAGGUUUUGUACGCUGAAGAAACUGAAGACGUCCAGGAAAGUCCUGAAUCUUUUGACGACCGUCCAAAGGUAGUGGGAAAGCUGAAUACAGGAAAGUAUUUACAAAUGAUGGGCGAAGAUCACAGUGAUAAAGAGCGACGAAAAAAGCUUGUUGAAGAAGAACGAAUGAGACGUGAAUUAGAAGAAAUGGAGAGACAAAGAGAAGAAGAAGAAAGAAAGAAAGAAAUAGAUAGAGAUGAUACUUCAAGUUCUUCCUCUUCUGAUAGACCUCAGAAUGUCAGCAAACUCGACCUUGCACAGUUUUCACAAUUCCAGAAGAAAGAAACAGCUUCGAUGCCAAAGAAACAACAACCAAAGGAGAGAACAAGAGAGUCCAAAAAGAUCGAAAUAAUAGAAAGACAAACCGUAGAUGAAGUUGAAAGUCAGCCUUUUGUACCUGAAACUAGUGAAAGAGAAUGGCUUGACAAGGAACGCAGUGAGGCUCUAGAGUACGAGGAGAAACGACAGAACGUAGGGAAGCUUGAUGUUAAUCGACUUAUGCAGUCGAGGUCUGAAGAAGAACAGGAACGACAAUCAAGAAUUAAAGAACUCGAAAGACAAAGAAUUUUUAGAGAAAGGGAAGAAAUGGAACGCCUGAAAGCCGAAAAGAAAAAAGGGAAAAAGAGUGUUGAUCUAGAAUCUGACACAUCAUCGGAAGCAUCACACGAGGRCCACAAGGUUUCUUCGGUUAAGAGUUCUGGAUCGCAGCAUGAGAGAGAAAGAGAAGAAGAGUGGACAAUCGAAGAGAAAAGGAAAAGCGGUGUUGGAAGAUUAAAUGUCGAUCAGUUCAUGCAGUCUAUGAGCAAAGAAGAGGAAGAAAAGAAUCGACGUAAACUAGAGCUCGAAAAAGAACGAAUCAGACGAGAAGCGGAAGAAAGAGAAAGGCUACGAAUGGAACAACAGAUGUCCUCGGAAAACAUCAGAGUAUCAACUGUGCAAGAAGUACAUUCUGCUCCUGACCAAGACUUCUACGAACGAGCAAAUAAAGACGAGAGAGAAAGGGAAGAAGAGCAGUCGGUCGAGGAGAAAAGAAAGAUCGUUGGAAGACUUGAUGUCAGUAGGUUUGUUCAGUCAUUGAGCAAUGAAGAAGAAGAAAAGCGGAGGCGUAAAAUUGAACUCGAGAAAGAACGCAUUCGACGUGAAAAUGAAGAAAGAGAGCUGCUGAGACUGGAGCAAGAGAGGAAAAACAGGGGUGAACCAAGUGUAACCAAAUCUAAAGAAUCUUCUACAAAGUAUUUCAUAGUUCAUAAGGAUUCUAGAGAGCCAAGAGAUGAUCGAGAAGAGACUGAAAGCAGAGAUAAAGAGAAGUAUACGAUCAUUGAUAGAGAAAGAGAAGAAGAAAUGUCUGUGGAAGAGAAGAGAAAAAGUGUUGGAAGACUAGAUGUUGGUAAAUACAUGCAGUCACUGAACCAAGAAGAAGAAGAAAAGAGAAGAAGAAUGAUCGAACUUGAGAAAGAAAGGAUCCGUCGCGAAGAAGAAGAGAAAGAACUUUUAAGGUUGGAGCAAGAGCGGGCUAUGGGCGGUGACGUAAGCCGAUCAACUUCUACUGUUACUUCCAAAUCCUCAUUCGAGAAAACUAGCCGCACAGUUGUCCAGGAUGUGGAGAGUUCGCCAUAUGAUCAACCCGAUGAAGGACUCCAGCAACCAUCAAGAAUAGACAAGCAGAGAGAAGAGGAGCUGUCUGUCGAAGAAAAGAGGAAAAGUGUUGGCAGACUUAAUGUCAACCAGUUUUUCCAAUCACUCAACGAAGAAGAGGAAGAGAAGAGAAGGCGAUUAAUAGAGCUGGAAAAAGAAAGAAUUCGACGUGAGAAUGAAGAAAGAGAACUGCUACAAAAGGAGCAAGAAAGAUCAAGAAGGGGUCAAGUUGAACAAGUGAACGCUAGUGUCGUCCAGGAAGUACACUCGGCACCGCCUGAUGACUUCUUCACCAACAACGACAAGAGAUCGAGCCUAGAAAGGGAGAGAGAAGAAGCUACAUCUGUAGAAGAGAAAAGAAAAAGUGUUGGAAGGCUGGAUUUUAACCAGUUCAUACAGUCCCUGAGCGAAGAAGACAAAGAGAAGCAAAUGAGAAAGAUAGAGCUCGAACGAGAGAGGUUGAGACGUGAAAAAGAAGAAAGAGAAAUGGAAGAAAGGCAAUACCGUGUGCGAGAAAGCUCUUCCUAUUCGGAGAAAAUCCAAACCAGCAGCGUGGAAGUUGUUCAGUCUGAAAUUCCAGGGGAGUACGAAGAUGGGGACUCUUCUCAGGAUAAGAAGGAAGUUGGAAGGCUUGACCUCGAGAGGUAUUCCCAACAAUUCACUCAAGAAGCAAGAGAGAGGGAAAGGCGUGCCAGAGAGCUUGAAAUUGAAAGGCUGCGUUUGGAAAGGGAAGAAAUGGAAGGCCGCGGAGGAAGUCAAACUGUGCAGCAUGAAUCGUGGAGUUCUGAACGAAGAGAAACCACAGUCAUCGAGGAGAAACGAAAAUACAGGGGCGAUGAAGUCGACAGGAGAUCUGAAGGACAGACUGAGUCUAUAAAAAGUGAAGAUUCCUCUGACAGUGACAAACCCGUACCAAAGAAGCUGGAUCUCAGUAAAUUUUCAGCCUUCCAAAGCGGGUCUGGCGGCAAGCGCGCUACAAAAGACGACUCAGCUGUCAGGCGCCGAGAAAAAACUGAAGCAGGGCGCCAAACUAGACCAAAGAGCAUCGCGGGAUCGUCUUUUGGAGGCGUGGCUAAUGGAGAGGCUAGAUCAGGAGAGAGGGUAUACCGAAUAAUUCACUAGAUUUCGAUAGGUUUAAAGUUUAAAUUGAUCUGGUAUGAUGAUAUAUCAAGAUGAUAGAGUAGUUCAAUGAGACAAAUUAGAUAAUUUAGAUAUUGGAGAUGAAAACUCAGCAUAGUUAGCAUUAAUACACCGUACUUAAAAGUAAUCCUCUUGUAAUAGUAGAGAUAAAUUAAACACGAUAUUUUAAUUUAUCUCCAAACAUUAAAAAAAAUAAUCAAAUUAACCGGUUCACAUUAAUUAAAAGAAAUUAGGCAUUCUAUAGCCACGUAAAAUCUAAAACGCUGAAUUGGUUGGGCAAUGGUUCUUGAAGCGAGUAAAAAUUCCAGUAAAUUAAUUCGGGAAAGAAACAGUUUUCCAGGACUAAAAGGACUUGCUUGAAGUAUCGAUGUUUUCUACGUUUCGGUUUUGGUUUUUGUAUUCGAACUUUGAAAAUCACUUUAAAAAAAUUGUUGCAUUUGACAAAAUGUAAUUUGGUUCUUAGUCAUAAAAUUCGGAUUAAACUAAUCUCGGUUUAAAUUUUUUUGAGUUUUGAUUGUUAUUUGAUGAUGAUGAAUAACAGUCCACAAAAUAAGCAAAAUAAUGUAAAACCUAAAUCAAACUCCAUCCAAAAGAGGCAAUUGAUAAAUUAUGUAUUUUGUAGGAUUAAUUAUUUAAUACAACAUAUGAUCAGCAAAUGGUUUUCCUAUUUAGUCACGUGCUUACCCACAAUUCAUUUCACUUUCAAUCAGCUGAUCACAAUUUCACGUGACAUGACUUAAUCAUUAAUUAAAAAUUGCAUGCAAUAUUUGUAAGACGUUUUCUAUUCAAAUUUKUUAUUGGUAAAAAUAGAGAUGUUCGUUUUGUAAAGGAUUUGUAGUUUAAUAUAAACAUUGCACAAACUUGA